GCCGAGAGUACCGACUCAGUUUAACAUAUACAAAAACCUCAUAUUAUAAUUUUUUUUUUAAUCUUUAAAUUAGUAAUUAUAUAAAUGUGAUUAUUUAUACAGUGAUACGUUUAUGUAAAGUCAAAAAAUUUGAUUAUUAGAAAAGUUAAAUAUUUUCAAAAUAAACUGAUUUUUAAUUUUAAUAAUAUGCCAAUUAAAAAAAGAAUAUGUGUGUUCAUACGUGGAUAAAGGGAUUUAGAAUUAAACGAUUAUACUUCCACAAAAACAAUUAAAUAAUAAGUCAAAAAUAAUGUCGACUCAUAUAAAUGACGAAAUAAGCUUCACUGACAGGUUUAUAAAAUAUUAUCUGUUGGCUGUUGUAUGUCUCGGAAGCUUGGGAAAUUGUUUAUCAGUACUAGUGUUUUUUGGAACAAAAUUGCGAAAACAAUCAUCAUCAUAUUAUUUAUCUUCGUUAGCAAUCAGCGACACAUUAUUUUUAUUAACACAACUGAUGCCUGAACUACCCAAAGUUGGAAUCGAAAUAUACUACAUGUAUGGGUUUUGUCAAUUUUUCAUCUACUUAGCACAGAUGUGUAGUUUUAUUAGCGUGUGGCUAGUUGUAGUGUUUACAUCAGAACGUUUUAUAGCUGUUCGAUAUCCAUUACACAGAUCGGUGAUAUGUACAGUAUACAGAGCUAAAAUCGUACUAUGCAUAUUAUUCACGUUUGCAUUAGUAACGCAUAUACCUUAUUUAGUGAUUUCAGCACCUAAUAACGUGACUUUAAAAAACAACUCAACAACAACAGAAUGUAGCCUGAACUUUUCCUAUUACGAAUUAUAUACAUGGCUAAACUAUGCAGACGUAUUAAUAAACAUGAUGAUACCAUUUUUCUUGAUCGUGGUAUUCAAUAGUAUGAUUUGUCAAUCUGUGUGUCGGUUAGCCAGAAUAAGACGAACAAUGACACUUCAUCCAUCUAGAAGAAGACAAUCUAUAUCACAAAACUCACAACACACAUCUCAAAUAAAAGUAACAGAAAUGCUCUUAGUCGUGUCUUCAGUGUUUUUAUGUCUUAAUCUACCAUCAUACGUAUUCCGAGUAUGGAUGGUAUGGGACAAUGUGACGUCAACACAAUACAAAACUACACAAGACAUUGCAAAUCAAAUGUACAACACACAUUUUGGAAUAAAUUUCGUACUGUACUGUGUAAGUGGUCAAAAUUUUCGAAGAGCUUUAGCUGAACUUUGGAAUAAAAGAAGACAUUACAAAAAAAGAUUAAGGGAAACUCAGGUCACAACAGUAUUAUCAGAAUUCUCAAAAAGUGGGGUUGGAUCAAAACAAACUACCGUCAACGGAACUUGGAAAGAAGUACAUGAACUCUUACCAAUUGCACACAGUUAAUGUUUUAAGAAUAAACUCAUUUUUAAAUAUACCUAUAAUAUAGCUAUAAUAUGGCUAUAUUUAAAAUUAUAAAUAUUAAACAAUAUUGUACAUAGUAAAUGUGUUGUAAGAAACAGAAAAUUUUGAUUGGGAGAAAAUUCUCUUCAAGUUAUCGUCCUCCCCUACCAAUCAAAAAACAUUUUUUGUAUCAAUAAAUGUGUAAAUUAUCAUAUAAUUAUUAUUUAAUGUAAAUAGAGCAAUAAAAACUUACAGUACAACACUAUAUUACAAUAAAAAUAUUUAAUAAUCAGUAAUUUCAUUUUGAAAUAACGAUUUUGUAGUGUUUUUAAAAUAUAUCUUUCAAUUUAUAAUUCAGUAAAUUUCUUAUCGAACGUACUGGGAACGUGAAA